AUGUUGUGUAGGCGUAUUUCGAAAGAUCCGAUAUUGAUAUUACCACUUCGUGGCGCUCUCGUUGGGAUUACAGAUCGAUGGUCACCAGUUGGAGUUACUGUGGCUGGUGGAAAUGGAAAUGGGAGUGGACUCGAUCAACUUGAUAGACCUAAAGGCUUAUAUGUCGAUGAUGAUCUGACUAUCUAUGUGGUUGACACGAGUAAUUCUCGUGUUAUGGAAUGGAAAUAUAAUGCGAUAAGUGGUUCCAUAGUUGGAGGAGUAAAUGGACAGGGACGGGAUGACGAUCAGCUCUUUUCCCCAACAGAUGUGAUUGUUGAUAAAAGGACAGAUUCCCUCAUUAUCUGCGAUAGUUGGAAUAAUCGAAUUGUACGAUGGUCUCGCCAGAAUAGUACACGAAGAGAAAUAAUCAAAUUAUAUUGGGGUUGUCACGGUCUUACAAUGGACGACGAUGGAUCUCUUUACUUCUCUACAGGGCGGCACGGUACAGUGAUGCGACAGCGAAUAGGAGAACCUUAUCCAACAGUAAUACCAAGUGAUUAUUAUCAGACAUAUCUUGAUAUCGACAGAAUGGAUUAUUAUCGGACAUAUCUUGAUAUCGACAGAUGGCGGUCAUACUUUACCUACAUUUUCGUCAGUCAUGUUCACUCAGUUUAUGUGUCCGAAAUACUUAAAAAUCAAGUGAAAGAACCAUUCACCGUUCGUGCUGGGAAUGGCGACGGUAGGGGCCCUUCUCUCUCAUACAUGAAUAGACCUGCUGGAGUUGUUGUUGAUCAGUUCCACACUGUCUAUGUAGCCGAGUCGUUUGGUAAUCGAAUAACGCGUUGGCCGCUAAGUGCUGCUGAAGGAAGUAUUGUGGUAGGCGAAAGUGGUAAGGGUAAUCGGUCAGAUCAACUCAAUGAACCUGAAGGUUUGUCAUUCGAUCGAUAUGGUAAUCUAUACGUCGUUGAUUCGCUGAAUUCUCGAGUACAACGAUUUGAUCGUAUUCGCAGUUGUUAA